AUGUUUCAGACGCCUCCCCCUACAGCUGCAGCCGCUCACGUGCACAGCUCUAGAUGUUUGAGCCCGGAGGAGCUGGGUAAGCGCACAGACAAGUUUCAGAGGAGGUACUGGGUCAAGGUGGGCGCGCCCGAGAGCCCGCCGCAGGACGCACGCUCGUGCUCAAAGGCACUGGAAGAGAUGCACGGGGACGUGAGCGCUCGCUCCCUGGCUCCCUGGAGGUACAGAAUGAACCGAGACGUGGACAGGUUUCCUCCUGACAUCGCCUUCGCUGAGUGUCUCUGUCAGGGCUGCAUCAUCGACCAGCGAGAAGACCUGAGCUACAACUCGCUUCCUGUGAUGGUUCAGCUCAUGGUGCUGAGUAGGAGUCUGUGUCCGAGUGACCCCGACAAAUACGUGAUCACCAAGGACUCCAUCCACGUCCCUGUGGCCUGCACCUGUGUGGUGCCCAGGUCCUGA